AGUCUGCCGCGCUGUCUACACUCGCUGCUGCUGCUGACAACUCCCAGUUCCUACUUUAUCGGUGGACGCCUGGAACGGAAUCAUCCUUGGUCUUUUUAACGUAAGGAUACAGCAAGGAUGGAGGAUAACUUCAGAGGAAUAAGCUCCACAACGCCGUCAGUGGAUGAUCUUCUUCAGUCAGGGCACGAGUACGGAACCGAGAAUGAGACGACUUCUAAACUGUUCGACGACGCAGCAGGUUUCCUCAUAGACACAAGAGAGGCUGUAGCAAAAGAUUUUGACGACGACGAUAUUUUGGACCUGGCUGGCGGGGCUCAAGAUGCUCUCGAGAGGCACAGGUCCACGUUACCGCGUUAUCACGAGCCGAUUGCAGACUCAUUCUCGGACCCAACUCCAGAGCCAGAACCAGAGCUAGAACCCGAACCAGAACCAGAGUCUUCUGUUCCAGACCCAGAACCUGUAACAGCACCUCACAAACUGGUUAGUGGUUUGGGUGAUAUCAGCGGUAAACUUUCAAAAGAGGAAGACGCCCCUCCAAAAGAAGAAAAGACUGCCAUAGUGAUCCCAAAGUCGAGAGCAAAAUCAGGCCUGUUGGUGGACCUGUUGUACUGGCGGGAUACCCAGAGGUCGGGGGUGGUGUUUGGGGCGAGUCUGUUCCUGCUGCUGUCGCUGUCGGUCUGCAGCAUCGUGAGUGUGUGCGCCUACAUAGCCCUGGCCCUGCUCUCAGUCACCAUCUCCUUCCGCAUCUACAAGGGCAUCCUGCAGGCCGUCCAGAAGUCAGAGGAGGGGCACCCCUUCAAGAUGUACCUGGAGAAUGACGUGAGCGUGCCCACUGACCUCGUCCACAAGUACAGCGAGCUGGGCCUGCGCCAUGUCAACACCGGCAUCAAGGAGCUGCGCCGCCUCUUCCUGGUGGAGGAUCUGGUGGACUCUCUCAAGUUUGCUGCCCUGCUGUGGAUCCUCACCUACAUUGGUGCCUUUUUCAAUGGCCUCACCCUCUGCAUCAUGGGACUGGUUGGAGUGUUCAGCUGGCCAGUGAUCUAUGAGAAACACCAAGUUCAGAUUGACCAUUACUACGGGAUGGUGAGCAGUCAAGUCAAGGACUUUGUUGGGAAGAUCCAGGCUAAAGUACCCGGACUGAAGCCUAAAUCGGAGUGAAAAGACGGAGCUUGAGCUGGUGUGUGUGUGUAUGUCUGUUUGUCCAUGUUUUGGGAAGUGUGUGUGGAAGGGAAGGAUGUGAAUGGAUGGAACCAUAAAGGAAGGAGUAUGAUGGAGGAGAGGACGAACACAAGGCCUUCGACGUUGUAAUGUACACUUGUCCUUUCGUUUUUCUGUUUAGGUUGUUUUUUUUCUCUCUCCCUGCAGUCCCGUCAUCAGAUGAACUAACCCUCUCUAAUCUGAUAGCAGCUGUUUCUGUCAGUACCAGCUUAAUGUUGUACACCACCGUAACUUAAAAAAAAAAAAAAAAUACAUGAACUUAAAAAAUAGCAGCUUUCUGUAACAUCAAUAAGGAAUGUCUCACAACCUGGUUGACCACACUUUGUCACAAUAGGAAAUGUUCACCUAAGAAGAAUGUUUUGAUGCUUUUUUUGUUGUUUGUUUGUUUUGCCUAAAAUUUGCUAUCCCAGUGCAUAGUUUUCGGUUUCAUAAAAGCGUUGGCAAUCAGAUUUGUUUGUAAAGGGACUAGAACAUUCAUGGGGAUAACGUGGCACCAACACAGGGAGUACUGUCACAGUCCCCCCCUGCUUUUGUUGUUUUUAGGGGUGUCGGGAUGUAAUUGACAUGCAGAGUUUUAAUUGCCAGUUACUCAUGACUUACAUGUCAUUCAAGACAAAAACUGCUUAGUUUCAGCAUCUGAGCUUGGGAGUCCUUUCACACCAUUAAUUAAGCGCCAUCUUUUUUUUUGUGUGUGUGUGGAUGAAAUGCAAGAAGUGAAGCUUUUUAUUUCUUCCUGUCACCCUGUUGCAGCUGACUAGAAUGUGUGGAAGCAAUGAUGAGAGAAAAGAAAAAAAAAGUUUCACGAAAAAGCUUGACUGCAUGGCUUUUGCUAUUUGUUUCUCUUUUAUAUUUCAUAGCCCCCUCAUGUGAAGCUGUGGAUUUUUCUCUUAAACUCAUCCCUGCUUUUCCUGGUGCUGUCAGUCAUCAGUCAUGUGGUCUGUUGUGGGCAGGAAAUCCUGCCCAAAUGGAAUUUGGGUGGGUGGGGUCUAUCUGUGAAGUGCUUCUGUGAAUGUGUAAACAAGAACCAAUAAAAAGCUCUUAGGCAAACACCCCAA